UCCGUUCGGUUCACUGCAUUUCAGAUCAACGGGGCAGCCAUUUUGGUUUUAAUUGUAAACAGUCAUUGUAGGAACUUCCCUUGAUUUCUCCUUCCUUCGGGAUGGAAGAAACAAAAAUAAUAUACUAUAUUGACGAUGAAGAUACUCCAUAUCUGAUCAAACUACCCAUACCUGCCGAUCGGGUAACGUUAGGCGAUUUCAAGAAUGCAUUGAAUCGACCAAAUUAUAAAUUCUUUUUCAAAAGUGUGGAUGAUGAUUUUGGGGUUGUAAAGGAAGAAAUAAUUGAUGAUGAAGCCCGGUUGCCAUGUUUUAAUGGCCGUGUCGUGUCUUGGUUGGUGCCUGCAGAGAACAGCACAUCCGAUACUCAGUCCCAGUGUACAGACUCGGGGACGGGAGAUGUUCAUGUCCCCCAGGAGAGGGUCGGGGGGAUAGGAGAUAGCCGACCACCUUCUUUUCACGCUAACGCCUCUGUAGGCAGCCGUGACCAGACCUGUGAUACCUGCACAGAGACUGACUCUGUCCUCAGCUCGCGCCGUGAUGGACGAUCUAGGCACUAUAGAAACCACCACCGCCUUAACAAUGAUCCAAAUGCUCCUCGUCUUAAUGGCCACCCUAAACGUGACCGACACCGGCACAUGUAUGGCGACACAUCCACUAUGGCCAGCAGUGACCUUGACACCACAAGUUUCUUUGACUCAGAGGACGACAGUCGUUUCUCUACAGUAACAGACACCACCAAUAGAUCCUCCUCCCGCUACGGCCGACAACGACGGAGGAGGAGGAAGCACAAGCUCCCGCCGAUAAGCCGAGCCUCAUCCUUCAGCAGUAUCACUGACUCCACCAUGUCUCUGAACAUUAUCACAGUCACUCUUAAUAUGGACACAGUUAAUUUCCUGGGAAUCAGUAUUGUUGGCCAAAGUAACAAAGGAGGGGAUGGAGGAAUUUAUGUGGGGUCCAUAAUGAAAGGAGGUGCGGUGGCACAGGACGGUCGUAUAGAACCAGGAGAUAUGAUUCUGGAGGUGAACGGUGUUAGUUUCGAGAACAUGAGUAACGACGAUGCUGUACGCACUCUACGGGAGGCUGUAACAAAGCCGGGUCCCAUCACUCUAGUCGUAGCCAAAUGCUGGGACCCUAACCCCACCAAAGGGUACUUCACCGUGCCUCGCCAGGAACCGGUGCGACCUAUUGACCCCUCGGCCUGGGUGGCUCACACUACGGCAAUGCAGAGGGAGUACAUGAGUCGUAUUGGUGGCCCCGCCCCCUCCAUCAGCAAUAUGACAUCCACCAGUUCCUCACUGACCAGCUCAAUACCUGAGUCAGAGAGAUUCGAUGACCUGAAUCUCUCAAUCAACACUGACAUGGCCACUGUGGUUAAAGCCAUGGCUCAGCCAGACUCCGGCUUGGAAAUCCGUGAUAGAAUGUGGCUAAAAAUCACAAUACCCAACGCAUUUAUAGGCUCAGACUUGGUGGACUGGUUAUUCACUCAUGUAGAUGGUUUUGCUGAUAGAAGAGAUGCCAGGAAGUAUGCCUGUAACUUGUUGAAAGCAGGAUUUAUCCGACACACGGUCAACAAAAUCACAUUCUCAGAACAGUGCUACUAUAUAUUUGGAGAUAUUUACGGAAAUGGGCCCAUGUAUCCAGAUUUGUCAGCAUUAAGUCUGGAGGAUGUGGACUCAGUGUCGGAGGCCGACCGUGACACCCUGGCCCCCCUCCCACCCCCACACUGGAACAACCAGUACCCCUACGGCAGUAACCCAGGGUACCUGCCCCCAAACCUUAGUUAUAUCCCUCCCUAUAGCUAUACCAGCACAGACUCUCAGAGCUAUAUUGGUAGCUUUGUGGACGGGGAUAAAAGCAUGGUCAGUGGUAUGACGGGGCUCACUGCGGGAGCCGGGGGUGCAGGAGGGGGCAAUAACAGUGCAGGAAGUGUCCAUAGUGCCUCAGUCACCCCCAAAGACUGCACAUGUAUACUCAGUACUUACAAUCAUAUCCGAAAAUUAUGGACAGACAAAGAUAAAGAACUUUAUAAUCAUCAACAUCAGCAUGUUCAUAGCACAGGGACCCACACAGGGGGAGACCCCCACCCCACAGAUCACCGGCAUGAUCACGCCAGGACCCAGGGCACGCUGACAGGGGGAGCUAACUGUGUAUCAGAUCCCAGGAUCCAAGCAGCGUAUUCGAAAACGUCUUUAGCUAGCUCAACUGGAAGCAGUGCUUCGGGAAGCAGUAGGAAAGACAAAGGGAAGUCUGGGAGUCCGGCGGGAAGUGGAAGCGACUCGGAUAAUGCAAGCUUGGCCAGCGCAAGGCGGGUAACCCUCGAACCAUCACCCAGAAAUAUAUCCAAUGUGCCACAGGACCUUAGUGGUAGUAGACAGUCUUUCAAAAUGGCAAUGGGAAAUCCUUGUGAGUUCUUUGUGGAUGUCAUGUGAUCAGUCAUGUGGCCCCUUUACAGCCAUCAGAUUUCAUACACAAGUUUGCAUGAUCCUUUCUUCUAUACUUUGUUUUGGUUUUGGCUGCAAUAUGACUACAAUACAUGGUCAAUACAACUGGUUUGUACAAGGCAGCCAGAGACUCUGUGUAAUGACGUGUGAGCAUUAUGGUACAAAUCUGUUUUGUAUAUUAGAAUAAUUUUAUAGUUGCAUGAUAAUUCAUUUUAUUUGUCAACAUUUAAUUGAUGUUUUAUAGCAUGCCAGCAGAAGUAUUAUUUAUUUAGAAAAAAAAAAACCUUGGGAGAAAGAUAAUGAAGUGUGAGAGUGUGAAAGAAAAUCUUUCCAAAAUGGAUGUGAUUUUUUUGUAUUAUUUUAUGCUUGUUUUAUAAAUAAGUGUUUCAGAGUGCAAUUACAUUGUAUUUCAUUUGUUGUAAACUUGAUUUUGUUAAACAAGUCAUUUCCCAUAUUUAACCAUUACCACUAUUUCACAGGUUACUGAAUAUCCUCAGAAUUUUAAAUGGUGCUUUCCUCUGUUGCUUACAUAAAGAAACAAGUCAUAGCUAACAACACUAUCGGAUCUAUGUUCUACAUUGCUGAUGAUGCUGACUUUUCUCUCCUUUAGGCGACUCUGUCAUGGAUUCAUGACCUUUGGCCUUCCUAGAUCCCUCUAGUGUCCAUGGCAACGACUUCCAUAUGUGGAGUGGCUGACGUGGUGCAUGUACCGCUGCUAGGAGUCUAUGCUUGGUGCUGAUUGGUUGGCUGAUGUAAUCAUAAGAGGAAUCCUGACACAUAAUCUCUCUUCAUAUUUUACUCCUUCAAUCCCACAUGUGAUAACCGGUCCGUGUUGUGGCUACCUAUCAGUUGGCAUGGCUCUGACCUCAUGUUCAUUCUUUUCACCUUCCCAUUAUGUUUUCUUUUAACUGGGAUCAAAACUCUUUAAUCUUGUUUCUUUGUUUUACUCUAUUUCAAAAUGUCUACAGUAUUUCAAUAUUUAGUUCGUUGCAUGAGUUAGACCUUGCUCUCAAAUCUCUCUUCCUUUUGUUCAGCCUAAGUUGUGCAUGACAUCUCAGAUCUAACUGUUUCGGAAUUAUUUCUUCUGUCAUUGAGUUUCUUUUCCCAACAUUUUGCUUUCAGUUUUUCCCUGGUUCUUGUUUCAUUUGGUGCUGAUAAAUGUGAAUUUAAUUCUGUGAAUUGUUACCCUGGUAACAGCUGCCAAAAUCAGUGAAGUUUUGUACCAAUUGUUGUGAUUUGCCCACCAAACAUAUCUUAUCUUUAUGCAAGGCAUUAUAAACCAUCUCCUUAGCUGUAAUGAGCAGGCUGUUUAGUGGGGGAUUUCCCCUGCUCUGUGAUGACACACAAUGAUAGAGAGUUUUAUUCUCUAGUGUGUAAAGAAUUUUAUAUUGCAAUCACUUUAUCAGUUCAGUUUCAAAUCACCAUGUGCAUGCUGAAAUUCAUCAAAAAUUUAAAAUGAUGCUUAUAAAAGGUUGUUAAGCUGUGCCUUCUUUUAUGUCCAUACAUUUCUUAACUGCUUCAGACUGAAAAAUGAAUAACCCAAAUGUAGAUAUGUUGGAAUUGAGUGUAGCUGUGUUCUAUCGAAACAAACUGCCAUUGAUAGCGGAACAUGGCGAGACUGUCCAGUAAUUAGAGAGGUAGUGUGGUUGUAGUAAUGUCCUAUUGAACCAUUUGUAGAUACAUGUACAUCGAACAAACCGUGGGUUCUGUCAAGUCCCCAACAAAUCAUGUCACAUUUGUCUUAACCUUUUGUCACAUCUGAUAGUAUUAUAUGCUGAAUUGUAGAAUGUACAUGAGGGUCACCUGACCAUAUUAAAAAAAUUUCACAAGCAUA